AGAAGAUGAGAGACCACAGACAAGCAGUAGUUGUUUGUUCAAUCGUCUGCCGGGGUUGCGGGUUGUCAAAUCUCACUUGUUUUCUCCUACCAAGCAGAGCCAAGCCUACUCUUCCAAUCCCUGUCAGGGUGGUUAGUCUUUGAGCUGGUGGGAUCAUGGUUGCCAAGACGAGGACGAGGCGACAGCUCGCCAAGCUCGCGCUGCUUCUACUCGCCCUGCUCCUCCUGCUCGCCGCCAUCCUGCUCUGCGUCUUCUUGAUCCCGCGCCACCACAGGAGGCCGCUGCCCCCCGCCUCGCCGCCGGGGGCGGGGAACGCCUCGAAUCCCGACGACAGCAUCGUGGCGUUCGACUUCUCACCGUACCUCAUCAUGUACAAGAGCGGCCGCGUGAACCGGCUGGACGGCACCGCCCGGUGCUCGGCCGGCGUGGAUGAGGCCACAGGGGUGACCUCCAAGGACGUCGUGAUCGACAGCGGGACCGGGCUCGCGGCACGGAUGUACCUGCCCCCGGCGCCCCGCGGGACGCAAAGCAAGGGCCUCGGCAAGCGGCACCCGGUGCUGGUGUUCUACCACGGCGGCGCGUUCGUCAUCGAGUCGGCGUUCACGCCGCUGUACCACGCCUACCUGAACGGCGUGGCGGCGAAGGCGCGCGUGGUGGCGGUGUCCGUGGAGUACCGCCUGGCGCCGGAGCACCGGCUGCCGACGGCGUACGACGACUCGUGGCAGGCGCUCAACUGGGUGGCCAGGAACGCCGGGUCCGGGCCGGAGCCGUGGCUGCGGGACCGGGGCAACCUGUCCCGGCUGUUCGUCGCCGGGGACAGCGCCGGCGCCAACAUCGCGCACGACAUGGCCAUGCGCGCGGGCACGGGGGGCGGGCUGGACGGCGGCGCGGCCAUCGCGGGCCUCCUGCUCCUGGACCCCUACUUCUGGGGGAAGAAGCCGGUGGCCGGGGAGACGACGGACCCGGCCAGGCGGCGCCAGUACGAGGCGACGUGGUCGUUCAUCUGCGGCGGGCGGUACAGCAUCGACGACCCGCUGGUGGACCCGCUGUCGAUGCCGGCGUCCGAGUGGCGGAAGCUGGCGUGCUCGCGCGUGGCGGUGACGUCGUCGGGCCUGGACGACUUCCGGCCGCGCGGGCUGGCGUACGUGGCGGCGCUCCGCGACAGCGGGUGGGACGGGGAGACGGAGCAGUACGAGACGCCCGGCGAGCGGCACGUCUACUUCUUGGAUAGGCCCAAGGACCCCAAUUCCGUCAAGGAGCUGGCCUUCGUCACCGGAUUCCUGAGCCGGGAGUAGGUAGGUAGCCAUCACGGCGAGGGCGUACAGUUUAGGUGCAAUCGUGAGGAUUGCUUGCUGAUCGAGGCACGUGAAUACGUGAUUGAUUAAUAGAGACUAUUAUUGCUAGCACCGUAGCAUGUUGUUUUUGUUUUUUUGUGUUUGGAUCUUGAUAGGGUUCUCGAGAGGUGGUGAUGAUUUGGUUGAUGACGAGCUCGGUGAAUGAAUCUGGCUGGGGAUGUAGUUGACCACACAUCUGACAUCGUGAGGAAAGCUGCCUGCAGCAGUGCAGCCUGAAACUGUGGCUGAGAAUAAAAGCACUACACAAAUAUAGGACUUGUUUUCAGUUCCAG